ACAGAGGGUGAGAAGAUAGAAAACUGGAUGUCAGUGCCUACCCUUACUUCUUAGGUGCACAUCUCUCUGAGCUGCUGGUCCAACAGCUGGAUUUCCCCCAUUGGGUAGUCACGUCUAGAAGUUCUCAUCAGUGGUUCUGUAGUGGCUCCUGGUGAAUAUGAACAUCCUGCAAGUCCUGGGUCUCCUACAGCUGCUGGCUGUACCUGCAUUUACUCUCAUACGGCCAACCCAUGACUACUGGGGAGAGUUUGGACCCUAUGGGCCCUGCAGUCGCACCUGUGGAACAGGAGUUGUGAUGAGAACCAGGAAAUGUAUAACUUCGAGGACAGAUGGAGGACAUAACUGCGUUGGAUCCUCCAAGUCCUACCAAACCUGUAAUACACAAGCAUGUCCAGUUGGAUCCAGGGACUUCAGGGAGGAGCAGUGCUCCCAGUUUGACAGAGCGGACUUCCAGAGCAAACACCACACAUGGGUGCCUUACUAUGGAGCAACCAAUCCAUGUGAGCUGAACUGCGUCCCAAGAGGAGAGAACUUCUUUUACCGACAGAGACCUGCAGUAGUGGACGGGACACCAUGCUAUGUGGGCCGCACUGACAUCUGUGUGGAUGGCGUAUGCAGGAUACUCGUUCAUGGAGAGUUUUUGGGCUUGGAUGAUGACAGUAAUUCUGUUCACUCUGCUGCUCCUGUUGCUGUUGCUCCUUUCCCAAGAGCGAGACUCACAUAUAUGUAUAAAACUGGUGUCUACGGCGAGUGCUCUGCCACCUGCAAUGGAGGCAUGCAGUACCGCAGCGUGGACUGUUGGGUUCAGGAUCCAGUGAACCCCCAUGUGGUGGAAGAGACUUACUGCAUCACCCAUCGCUUGCAAAGGCCACAGAGCCAGCAAGCCUGCAACAUGCAUCCAUGUGCUGCUGAGUACAGCGUCUCCAGCUUCAGUGUGUGUUCAGUGACUUGUGGGGAAGGCCAACAGAUGAGAGAUGUGGUCUGUGUGGGGACAGGAGGUGAACAUCUGGCUGACCAUGCCUGCCGCGGUAUCACAAGACCUGCCUCUGUCCAAGCCUGUCGCAGGCCUGCCUGUCACACACACAUCACCUGGCAUGUGACCGACUAUGGACUGUGCACUCGAAGCUGUGGUGGUGGUGUGAGGGAGAGGAGAGUGGGCUGUUAUGAUACAGAUCUCAACCCCUACGCAGAGGCCAGGUGUGGACCAGCAGGCAGACCUGCUACUGUGGAGUCAUGCAACACAGAGCCCUGCCCUGGCGCGCAAAUGGUCCCGAGUGUGCAGGACCCAAGGGCACAUGAAAGCACCAUGAGAGGAUUUAUGCCCCAUGUUCCAGGAGACACCUCAGGUCCCCGACCCCAAGUAAUUGGUCCUCACUGUGCGCAGUCCUUGUAUGGCUGCUGUCCUGAUGGCCAUACAUCUGCCACUGGGCCCAGAAAUGAGGGAUGUCUUCAUGAGGACUGUGUUCGCACCAGGUAUGGCUGUUGUUUGGAUGGGGUGACUCCAGCUCAAGGGUUUGGAAGAGCUGGAUGUCCUGGGUACCAGGCAACUGGGGAGCGCCAACCAAACUCAGUCAGCCCAGUCACUACUGGUGCAUGCUCCAUGACACGUGAUGAGGGCCCCUGUGAUACCUGGAAGGUUCGGUUCUACUAUAAUUCAAGCACUGGCAAAUGUACCGAAUUCUGGUUUGGAGGCUGCCAGGGCAAUGCCAAUAACUAUGUUUCUAUGGAGGCAUGCAGGAGAGAGUGUGAGGGUAUGGUCAGGGAGCCUCCACCACCACCUCGCAGAGUGACACCAAGGAGAGGGUCAACUAGGGGUGUGCUGAGGGCAAGGGCAUAACCAUACUCAACAUGGUACCCCCAAAUCAUGUGAUACCCAAAAAGUCCUCUCAGUGAAGUUAAUUAAAUGAAAUGUAUACACAUGUAGUAUCUAUACAUUUAUGCAGACACAGAUGUAUUGUAUCACAUCCUACAUUUCAUUUAAAUAUAAUUAAAAACUCACAAUAUAAUUGA